AAGGGGACUGACGCGUCUCUGCCCGGGAGCCAUGGCAUCAUCACGGCGGCUAGUGCUGCACCUGCCUGCGGGAAGCUGCCUCCUUUUCCUCCUCCUCCUCCUUUGUGUCCAGCUCGGGGGAGGCCAAAAGAAGAAGGAGAAUCUUUUAGCUGAGAAGGUGGAACAACUUAUGGAAUGGAGUUCAAGGCGCUCGGUCAUUCGCAUGAAUGGAGACAAAUUCAGAAGAUUUGUGAAGGCUCCACCUCGUAACUAUUCAGUGAUUGUGAUGUUUACUGCUCUCCAGCCACAGAGGCAAUGUUCUGUUUGCAGGCAAGCUAAUGAAGAAUAUCAAGUACUGGCUAACUCAUGGCGCUACUCUUCAGCAUUUUCAAACAAACUUUUUUUCACCAUAGUUGAUUAUGAUGAAGGUGCAGAUGUUUUUCAGCAGCUCAAUAUGAACUCUGCUCCGACAUUCAUGCAUUUCCCUCCGAAAGGUAAGCCCAAGAGAGCUGACACGUUUGACCUGCAGAGAAUUGGAUUCGCAGCAGAACAGUUAGCUAAGUGGAUAGCUGACAGAACUGAUGUUCAUAUUAGAGUAUUCAGACCUCCAAACUAUUCAGGUACGAUUGCACUGGCUCUCCUAGUGUCUUUGGUUGGUGGCUUGCUCUAUUUACGGAGAAAUAACUUGGAGUUCAUCUACAACAAGACUGGCUGGGCAAUGGCAGCACUGUGUGUUGUAUUUGCGAUGACUUCUGGCCAAAUGUGGAAUCAUAUUCGUGGGCCUCCAUAUGCUCAUAAAAAUCCUCAGAAUGGACAAGUGAGUUACAUACAUGGAAGCAGCCAGGCACAAUUUGUUGCAGAGUCUCAUAUUAUAUUGCUCCUGAAUGCUGCUAUCACCAUGGGAAUGGUUCUUUUGAAUGAAGCUGCUACUUCCAAAGGGGAUGUUGGAAAAAGGAGAAUUAUAUGCCUGGUGGGAUUGGGUCUGGUCGUUUUCUUCUUCAGCUUUCUACUGUCGAUAUUCCGCUCCAAAUACCAUGGCUAUCCAUACAGCUUCCUAAUUAAGUGAAUUCAAGUGGGAUUUGCAUAAGGCUAAUGUUUCCUCUGAAGAUAAGCAGCUGCUGAUAGUAUCUGCUUACCAACAUUACAUUUCUUCAAGAGUCUGCAUUUGGUUCGUCUGCUUAUUGCGAUAAAUGAUGGUGUUUAUGUGAAGAAGAAAAUUUUGUUUUGUACCUUCUUACCAAAUGCUUCAUCUAAUUUAUAAUGCAUCCUAAAUAUUGAGUAUCUAAAUGGAAGAUAUGAUGAACUGGCAUAAGGGUGGGUUGUGCUUUAUGGUCCGAAUUUCAAAAAAGUUAACUUUAGUAGCAAUGUUUUGUUGUUGUAUCACAGUUGUAUAGACUUAAGUGGAAAAAAUACAAGCCAUUCAAGAUUUUAAAAGUGUAGCCCUGUGGCACAUGGUAAUGUAAAAUAAAUUAGUGUGGUUCCACUUUACCUAAUAAAGGAAACAAAAACUGA